AUGCUCGUCACUGAAACUUAUCACGAUAUUCCUGUCAAAUCGUCCCCCAAUGGGGCACCCAUACGUAUUUUUAUCAUUUCGCCCAAGAUCGAUGGAUAUCCCAAUGCUAAGUUUCCGGGAGUUGUGGUGUUUUCUGAGAUUUAUCAAGUAACUGGCCCCGUUGAGCGAUUCGCAGGCCAGAUUGCUUCUCAUGGAUACGUUGUCGCAUGCCCAUCCAGUUACCAUGAAUUUGAAGGUCCUGAGCCGAUCUCAUACGACACUGAAGGGACCGAUCGCGGAAACAGGUAUAAGGUGGAGAAGGAACUCGCGGCAUAUGACGAGGAUGCAACUAUCACGAUCGAUUUACUAAGUUCGCUGCCAAACUGCAACGGGCGCAUCGCAGCGACGGGGAUGUGUCUCGGGGGGCAUUUGGUGUGUAUGCGCGCUGCAUUCGAUCCAAGAGUUCUGUCCACAGUUUGCUUCUUCGCCACAGAUAUCCAUUCGGCAUCCCUGGGCAAAGGGAAACACGAUGAUUCCCUCCAACGGGCCAAGAAAGGCGAAAUACGUGGGGAAAUCAUGAUGAUAUUUGGCAAACAGGACACGCACGUUCCUCGUGCUGGACGGGAUCUCAUCCGAACAACUCUGGAGGACAGCAAUGCGAUCUCGUCUUUCAUCGAAAUUCAGGCACAGCAUGCCUUCAUUCGUGAUGAAUCUUCAAAGGGUAGAUGGGAUGCGGCUUUGACAAGGAAUCUUUUCGGAAUGAUGACGGAACUAUUCGAGAGGACGGUGGGGAGAGAUCUAGGCCAGAAAGUGGGCACAGGGGAGGAGGUUCCACAUAUUUGUUGA